AGACUCGGAACGUCGUCAAGCAGCUGUGUUUGUUACAUGCUAACAUGCUAACCCGGGAAUAUCCACGGUUAAAAACGGAAAACAAAACAACGGAAACGGUCAAAAAAGACUCCGCUGUGUGUGAGGGGGAACUGCGGAGGCUAAUGGAAAGCUGAGGUGAAAGUUUUUAACUUUUUAAAACAGUCUGUCCUCUGCUUGCUGGCCUGCUACCGGAUGACCGAGCCGCUAGCAGUUUAAAAAGUUUCUGGAGCCAGCGGGCGGAGGUGAGACUCCCCAGGAAUUAGACGAAUCCAUGACGGUGGAGGGCGUGAAGCACUCCCCGAUCCUGUCUGCUCUGUUCAGGAUGACAGAAGACUGUGAGCUGCUGGGAGCGGCAGAGUUUAUUAAAGAGCGUCUGAUACAGUAGUGGGAUAUCCAGUAAAUACUGAUUUGGACCAUAUAUGAGCGCCUAUACUUUGCCACGUUACGCAGUAAACCCAAAAGCACUGUCAACACUCACUACUUCUGCACAGAUGAUGAGUUUGUCUACGAAAAUUUCUAUGCAGACUUUGGUCCUCUGAACUUGGCUAUGCUGUACCGAUACUGCUGCAAGCUGAACAAGAAGCUGAAGUCGUUCACUCUGACCAGAAAACGAAUUGUUCACUACACCAGCUUCGACCAGAGGAAGAGAUCCAACGCUGCUGUUCUGAUUGGAGCCUAUGCUGUUAUCUACCUGAAGAAAACUCCAGAAGAGGCAUACAGAGCUCUGAUCUCAGGUUCAAACGCCUCCUAUCUGCCCUUCAGGGAUGCUUCCUUUGGAAAUUGCACAUACAACCUCACAGUGCUGGACUGUCUGCAGGGCAUCAGGAAGGCUCUACAGCAUGGGUUCUUUGACUUUGAGACCUUUGAUGUAGACGAGUAUGAACACUAUGAGCGGGUGGAGAAUGGAGACUUGAACUGGAUCGUCCCGGGGAAAUUUCUUGCCUUCAGUGGACCUCAUCCUAAAACUAAAAUAGAGAAUGGUUACCCUCUGCAUGCCCCCGAGGCUUACUUCCCAUACUUUAGGAAGCAGAACGUCACCACUAUCAUCCGUCUGAAUAAGAAGAUCUACGAUGCCAAACGCUUCACUGACGCUGGCUUCGACCACUAUGACCUCUUCUUUGUUGAUGGCAGCACGCCCAAUGACAUCAUCACACGUCGCUUCCUGCACAUCUGUGAGAGCACUGAGGGUGCUGUGGCCGUUCACUGCAAAGCUGGUCUGGGCAGAACAGGCUCUCUGAUUGGCUGUUACCUGAUGAAACAUUACCGCUUCACGGCAGGCGAGGCCAUUGCCUGGAUCAGGAUUUGCAGACCGGGUUCUGUGAUUGGACCACAACAGAACUUCCUCGAAGACAAACAGGCUGCACUGUGGUUGCUAGGCGACAGUCAGCGUUCCCAGAAGGGUAAGCUGGAGGAGAAGGCGGUGCCUCACCUCAUCACCAGUAUGGAUGAACUCACACUAAAGCCCAACCACAACAGCAAUGUUUGUAAAUCUCCAAGCUCUGAUUAUCUCCACGAGAGUGAACUAACAGACAGCGGGCCAGUUCUGACUCAGGGAGACAAACUGAGAGCCUUGAAGAGCCGACGUACCCCCCGCCCUGCCACCACUGGAGCCCUAAGAGUGGAGGAGAUGAAGAUGCACAGCAGAUCAAUGUCGCAGCCACUCAGACUGUCGGUGGGGGUCGGUCAGGGCCACGCCUCACCUCUGAAGUCAUCCAAGUUCCCAGCAUCGUCUGCCUCUGCUGCAGCCAAAAGAAUCGGGAGGAGUCCAUCAUCAUCGGCCUCUAACAUCAGGAGCUCAGCUCUCGGCUCUCGAUUGGCCAGCUCUCUCAGUGAUCUGUACGCUGGUGAUAUUGAAGAGGAUGGGAAUACUCCGUACUCCCCUCUUCCUCCCUCCUCCCCUUCCUCCUCUGUGUCUCUAAGCUCCUCCCCCUCCUCUCUGGCCCAACCAUCUUUGUCCCGCUAUGGUAAUGGCCCUCGCACUGUGCAGCACGAGGUCAACAACAACAGCGGUCCAUUUGGUGGCUCUGGGAUGCCCCCCGCAGGGAAAAACUUCAUUCGGACGGGGCCUCAGGACUUCAGCCCCUACAGGGGCCCUGGGCCGUACAGCGCAAUGACGGGCCCCUCAGGACGCUACCUGAGCCGCUCCAUACCUUCUCUUCAGUCUGAGUAUAUCCAGUACUAAAACUACAGGUCUGGCCUGAGGACACAUUACUCUUCUGAUUAUCCAGAACUGUUCCUGUCGGAUGCUCAAAGGGAAACUAAUGUAUCAGCUGGAGUUUCUCUGUCAGGAGAGAAGAGACUCUGAGAUGGUAACAGCUGCUCUCUGUUCAUACUGUAUGUAAAUGAGCUGUUUGUAAAUAUGAUGUAAGCUGCACACGUGUUCGGCUGAAGAUAUAUUGACACGAAAUGGGCAUGUUUUAUAUUUCUUAUUUCUGACAGAAGACAUAUUUUUGUUUUAACGAUAUUAAUAUCUUAAUUUUUUUUUGUUUGUUUUUUUUGAUAAAGGGGGAAUCAUCUGACAACAAAUUUCUGUCCUAUUUUAGAUGAUUUCUUCAGCAGAUUUUUUGUUGAUGUGACUGAUCUGUGUUGUUUUUUUCUAGUUAACAGCAAUAAUAAUAAUAGAAGAAGAAGGGACCCAAAAACAGAAUGUCAGCUACUAAUCUCAGGGGAUUAAAGUGCAUAUGUGCGUGAAUGUAAGUGAGUGUGUGUCAAUGUCCACUUGGUCUUAAAGAAGCAUUUAAACAUUACUUUUUAUAAAGUCGUGAUAGCAAAGAUGACAAAAACUGCCUUGUCUCUCUGGAAUGAUACCAUAAGCUGUAUAUAAAGGUGGAUGACCUGUCACCACUUCCUCCCAUUGUCCAUAUGUGAAAGCCACAAUAUUGCAGUAAAAUGUGGGUGCUGCUAUCUUACACUGAUAACACCAUGAACAACUAGAGUCUGUGCAGUAGAAACCAUGGGGCAGAGACGAGGAGGUCCUGCCUCCUUCCAUCACAAACUCCUUGUGCUUGAUGCAGCCCAGGCACUUAUUAAUUUCUUGAUGAGGAUGAUAAGUAAAGGCUUGCUGUCUAGAUAACUAGCUAUGUGUUAACUAUUUUUCCCCAUAGAUUGCUCCUAGUGUAGCCUGGAAUUAAUGAUUGCUCAGACAGCAGCCUCUUCAGUACUCUGUCUUCAGCCCUGGAUUCCUACCUUACAGACUAGUAGCAAAUGAUGUCACUCGCACAAGAUGUCAAUGUCGAUAUCUACCAUAUUUCAGCAUUACAUUUGCGAAGCUGUGAUGUCCAUUUCUAUGUGCAAUUUCUCAAUACACGUGGAGGUGAAACCAUUUGUUGUCUCACAAAUUAGUCAACAGAAAAUUACUUGGAAAUAAUUAUAAUGAUAAGUAAUUUUGUAUGUAUUGAUCCCCCCCCCCCCCCCGGUUAAAGCAAAAAUCAUCUGAUUAAUCAGUGAUAAAAAUUGUAAUUAGUUGCAGCUGAAUCUUGCCUGAGCUUUGCUGCACAGAUCACACUGUGCUGCAUAAACCUAUACAGAUGGGAGACUUCCUGCAUCAGUUACUGAGAUAAAGAUCCUGAAUUGGUUAGUGGAAAAGCACAUUAAACAAUCAAACUGAGCAGGUUAAGUAGCACCCCUCUUGAAAAUGGUGGUAUUGCAGUGUUUGUUGGGGGUUUACCUUAUCACCCUGCUGCAGUGAUGGACAGGUGUACUCCAGGACAGUGACAUCACUGCUGGGUGUGGUUACAGGUGAUGCAGCUAGAAAGGGCAGAUGCUUUGCUUUUCAGCCUGUUGUUGAGUUACUCUUUCAACCUUAACGAUAGAUGCUCUUUGAGGGAUGUACAAUGUCCGUUAAGUACAAGGCUUCUACCUCGUCUGAUGACAUCUUCACAAUGUUUUCCUUAUUUUAUGGUCAUAUUGUAUGGAAGAAAUAAGUUUACAUGUUAAAAACAUGUCAGACACUCCAGAGCCUUUAAGACAUUCACAAGGAAACAGCAGAAAACACUUGUUUUCCCUUAAGGGAAAUAUUUUCAACAGAUCUUUAAAUGUUGACUCUCAUCACAUGGUUAUUUAAGUAUACAGGCUCCAAAGUGCCCUAAACAUUUUACAGCUCCUCGUGUUUGAAUGCUUGAAUGAUUUGAUAAAAUAUCUGAUGUUUGACACAUCAGGAAGUUUAUUUUCAGCUCAUAGCCCCAAAAGCUUUUAUUUUGGUAUUAACUUAUCCAUGUUAUGAAGAUGUUUAAAUGAAGUUGUUGUUUCACUCAUAAAUGUCCUGAACCUGUAUUUAAUGUAAUAUCAAAGUCUUUUUUUUUUUUGAGAGAAAAGUUUAAAAAUAAUGUAGAUAUUUUUUUUCUUUUAACAGACGGCAGAGUUUCUGUCUGAGCAAUAACAGGAAAUAAAGUAUGUAUUCUUCA